AUGGCGUCGGUGCAAGCUCCCCCGGCGGUCCAGCAUCCCGGCGCGCCUAUGCCCGCUGGCGCGACUAAACAGCAAGCCGAGGAAGUCUUCCGAAAACUCAAGCAGAUGAAGGAGCAGGGUGUGCCACCCACAGACCCCGAGUAUAUCAAGGCGUCUCAGUUCUUGUUGAGUUUCCAACAGCAACACAACAUGCGCCGGAAUCAGCAACAAUACCUGCAACAGCAACAACAGCACCAACAGGCACAGCAACAACUUCAGCAGCAAAUGCAGAAUGCGACCAAUGGUGCUUCAGUCAAUGGCGUUCAGGCCGCCCGUCAACAGGUCGCGCCCCAAGGUGUCCAGCCUCCUUCUAAUCCCCUAAGUGCUUCCGCCAUGCCGAACCAGAACCCUUCCGCGACGGCCACCAGCGGCGCCUCGCCCUCCAACGCGUCUUCGUCAACCCAUUUCAGCCAACAGCAACUUGCCUUGCUGCGACAGCAGAUCCAUGCGUUCAAGCUUCUCGGCAAGAACGCUGGUGUCUCUGUGCAAUUGCAGCAGGCCAUCUUCAACCAGCGUCAGCGCAGACAAGCUGCUGCCACUGAUGCUGGUCUGGGCGCAUCCUCUGCGAAGGCAAGCCAAGCCAGCCCCGACGCUGGAAAGGCUGUUGCCAACGGGCCCGAGCCUGCGAUGCAGGAUGACAACUCUGGCGCUCCCAAGGCUCAUACCUUCAAGACUGUCAAGUCGCCUUACGGCACGAGCAUGAUCCGCCCAUCGAUCAAAUACUUCGACCACUCCCAACGCAAGAACCGAUGGUUCAUCCCUGGCGUGUUCCCCACUGGCAUCGAUUUUGACCACUUGCGAUGGGAGCGAGAGAUUGUUGUCUCCAACAGAAUGAGACAGCGCUACGCUGAGUUGAAAGAUCUGCCUGGUGACCUCGCUCACUGGGACUCUUCAAAGGACACGGUUGAGGCCGAUGACACCCUGAAGAGGAAGGCGAUUAUCGAGAUGAAGAGUCUGGCUCUUUUCGCCAAGCAACGUGCUCUCCGAGACAAGAUUGGACGCCAAAUGAUGCACUACGACAACCUAGCCAUGACCACCAACCGGACCAACUACCGUCGCAUGAAGAAGCAGAACGUGCGAGAAGCCCGCAUCACUGAGAAGCUCGAGAAGCAGCAGCGCGAUGCUCGCGAGAAUCGCGAGAAGAAGAAGCACACCGACUUCCUCCGAGCUAUCUACAACCACCGACAGGAGAUCCAGGAGUCUGCCUCCGCGCAACGAACCAAGUCGCAUAAGCUCAGCCGACUCAUGUACUCCCAGCACUUCAACAUUGAGAAGGAAGAGCAGAAGCGCAUUGAGAGAACCGCCAAGCAGCGUCUGCAGGCUCUUAAGGCCAACGAUGAAGAGGCCUAUCUUAAGCUGCUUGACCAGGCCAAGGAUACUCGUAUUACCCACUUGCUCAAGCAGACUGAUGGCUUCUUGCACCAACUUGCCGCAUCCGUCAAGGCCCAACAGCGCCAGGCUGCCGAGCGUUAUGCCGAUGAGACUGGCGGGUCCUAUGUGGACGAGGAGAGUGAAGUCGAAGAUGAAGAGGAGAGUGGAAAGAAGAUCGACUACUACGCUGUGGCACAUCGUGUCCGCGAAGAGGUUACUGAGCAGGCCAACAUUCUCGUUGGUGGAAGUCUGAAGGAGUACCAGAUCAAGGGUCUCCAGUGGAUGAUUUCUCUCUACAACAACAAUCUCAACGGUAUUUUGGCCGAUGAAAUGGGUCUCGGAAAGACAAUUCAGACCAUUAGUUUGAUCACGUACCUGAUUGAGCGAAAGCAGCAACCCGGUCCCUACUUAGUCAUUGUCCCGCUAAGUACGCUGACCAACUGGAACCUCGAGUUCGAAAAGUGGGCUCCGUCGGUCAGCCGUGUUGUUUACAAGGGUCCCCCGAAUACCCGUAAGCAGCACCAGGACAGGAUCCGACGCGGUGAAUUCCAGGUGCUACUGACGACUUACGAAUACAUCAUCAAGGAUCGACCAAUUCUCAGUAAGAUCAAGUGGUUCCACAUGAUUAUUGACGAGGGUCAUCGUAUGAAGAACUCGAACUCCAAGCUCAGCGCCACCAUUCAGCAAUACUACAUUACUCGCUUCCGACUUAUUCUCACUGGUACUCCCUUGCAAAACAACCUGUCCGAACUUUGGGCCAUGCUCAACUUCGUCUUACCCAACAUUUUCAAGUCAGUCAAGACGUUUGAUGAAUGGUUCAACACUCCCUUCGCCAACACUGGUGGUCAGGACAAGAUGGAACUCACUGAAGAAGAACAAAUCCUCGUCAUUCGACGUCUGCACAAGGUGUUGCGCCCGUUCUUGCUGCGUCGGUUGAAGAAGGAUGUCGAGAAGGAUCUUCCCGACAAGACCGAGAAGGUCAUCAAGUGCAAGUUCUCUGCGCUUCAGUCUCGUCUUUACAAGCAGAUGGUCACCCACAACAAGCUUGUUGUUAGCGACGGCAAGGGCGGCAAGACUGGUGCUCGUGGUCUGAGCAACAUGAUCAUGCAGCUUCGAAAGCUUUGCAACCAUCCCUUCGUCUUUGACAUUGUGGAGAAUGUGAUGAACCCCUUGAACGUCAGCAACGAUUUGUUGUGGCGAACAGCCGGUAAAUUCGAGCUGCUGGACAGGAUUUUGCCCAAGUACGAGGCAACUGGCCAUCGUGUCCUGAUGUUCUUCCAAAUGACUGCGAUUAUGGACAUCAUGGAAGACUACCUACGCUACCGCAAGACGGAGUACCUUCGAUUGGACGGUACGACCAAGUCCGAUGAACGUUCUGAUCUUCUGCGAGAGUUCAACGCCCCCAACUCCAAGUACUUUAUUUUCCUGUUGUCGACUCGUGCCGGUGGUCUCGGUCUGAACUUGCAAACGGCCGACACUGUCAUCAUCUACGACUCGGAUUGGAAUCCUCACCAGGAUUUGCAGGCUCAGGAUCGUGCUCAUCGUAUCGGUCAGAAGAAUGAAGUGCGUAUUCUCCGACUGAUUAGCUCGAAUUCUGUCGAGGAGAAGAUUCUGGAGCGUGCUCGUUUCAAGUUGGACAUGGACGGCAAGGUUAUCCAGGCCGGUCGCUUCGAUAACAAAUCGUCAGAAACGGACCGUGACGCCAUGCUCCGAACGCUGUUAGAGACGGCCGACAUGGCCGAAUCCGGCGAGCAGGAGGAGAUGGAAGAUGAUGAGUUGAACAUGCUACUCGCCCGUAGCGACGAGGAAAUUGCCGUCUUCCAAAAAAUGGACGAGCAGCGACAGAAAGAGAACAUCUACGGUAACCGCUCCGGCCUCAAGCCACGACUGAUGGGUGAUUCGGAGUUGCCUGAUAUCUACCUGAGUGAUGGCAACCCCAUCGAGGAAGAUACCGAGGAGGUGAUACUGGGCCGUGGUGCGCGUGAGCGUACCAAAGUCAAGUAUGACGAUGGACUCACCGAGGAGCAAUGGCUCAUGGCUGUGGACGAUGAUGAUGAUUCUCCUGAAGCUGCGGCGGCGCGCAAACAGGCGCGCAAAGACAGGCGCGAAGCCAACCGGGAUAAGAGAGGUGGGGAUGACGAAUCUCCGACAGCCAGCCGAGCUAGUAGCGAGGAGGUUGAAGAGACCCCCAAGAAGCCGCGUGGCCGCAAGCCUGUUGCCAAGAAUGAGAAGCGUAAGGCUGAGGAGGGCACCGAGGAGCCACCAGCCAAGAAGCGACGUGGACCACAAGGAAGAGCCAGCAAAGUGGGCGCCAGCGACUCCCGCCUACUCCCCCAGCAACGCGAAGUGCUUCAAAAGAGCCUGCGAUCGUUGUAUGAUGCGCUUAUGCUUCUGGAGGUUGACGACAUUGAGCCUCCAGCAGAGGACGAUGAAUCUGACGCCGGGAAGCGACUGAUCAUUGGGCCCUUCAUCAAGCUACCUCCUAAGCGCGACUAUGCCGACUACUACCUCAUCAUUUCUAAUCCUAUCUGCAUGAACCAGAUCUCGACGAGGAUUAAGAAGGAGGAGUACGGCAGUCUCAGCGCCUUGCGCAAGGACUUCGAAUUGAUGAUUGUCAACUGCCAAACCUACAAUGAGGAUGGAAGUAUCCUCUAUCAGGAUGCGAAAACCAUGCAGGAUUUUGUUUGGUCAGUUUUAACCGUCGGACAGGAAUUCUUCAACGCCAAGUACCAGGAGCAUUUGACAACACACCCCGAGCUCCAGGAACUCGAAGAUGGAGGCAAGGAUAGCUCGGUAGCACCCUCUGGAAGCGGUGGCACACCACAGCCGAGUGGAACUCGGAUCAAGUUGAUCUCAAGCAGCUCAAGGGAACAGAAUGGCGGUAGCACUGCUGCCCAGAGCGAUGAGGACUGA